AUGGCAGCCUUAGUAGGGGGGGGUAACUCCCCCAAAGCUGCUGCGCAGCGGCACUUAGCUCCGCUGUCUUUGCCCUCAUCUGCUGCAGCAGAUUGUCCAGCUGCUGCUCUACCUUUGCUGCGUAGACAUUUGCUGCUGCAGUGCAGCAGCGGCAGCCGUAAGGGAGAGCUGCAUGCGCUGCCGCACGAUGCUCCGCUUGCUGCUGCUGCUGCUGCUGCUAUUGCUGCAGCACCAGCAGCUUCAGAGCAUCCCGAUGUGCAGCGUCGGCGCACUGAAGUGGUCCAGCAAGAGCAGCAGCAGCAAGACAAACAGCAGCAAGAGCAGCAGCAGCAGGAGCAGCAGCAGCAACAGCAGGAGCAACAGCAACAGCAGCAGCAGCAACAGCAGGAUCAGGAAGACACUUCGCCCAAGACGCCUCCGGAAGACAUUAUGUGGCUGGAGGUGCGCGAAGACAGACCGACGCCACUGGCGGUAUCUUGUGUUGCUGCUGCUGCAGCAGCAGCAGCAGCAGGAAGCUGCGGACCUCGUGUUCAGCGGCUGCAGCUGCAGGGGGCCCCCACGUUGCUGCUGGAGAUGGAAGGCCCAGAGGGCAGCAGCAGCAGCAGCAACAGCAGCAGCAGCAACAGAGAUUUGCUGCUAGAGUUUUUAGAGGUGUAUGGGCUUCAGCACUUGGCUGGUGCAGUGCGCAGCAAGCUGCAGCAGCUGCUGCAGCAGCGGGGUUGCUGCUGCAGCAGGGGGAGGCUGCAGCAGCUGCUGGGAAGUAGGCCAAGGGUUCAGGGUGUGCGUACAGCAGCAGCAAACUCAGCGGUACCUCCUCAAGCAACAACAGGUGCAGCAGCAGAUGCGGCAGCAGAUGCAGCAGCAGCAGCAGAUGCAGCAGCAGCAGAUGCAGAUGCAGAUGCAGCAGCAGGUGCAGCAGCAGAAGCAGUUGAGAAGAAGGCAGCAACUGACGCAGCAGCAUCACAGCCGCUAGACCUCACGACUAGCAGCGGCUGCAGCAGCCAGAGCAACAGCAGCAUUAUUGCAUGCAGCAGCAGCUGCUGCUGCGAGGAGGAUACAAACAGCGAAGGAGUUCCCGAUUCUGAAGCAGCAGCAGCAGCUGCUGCUGCUGCAACAGCAGCAGCGGAAGCCGCAGCAACAGCUGCGGAAGCAGCAGCCGAAGGGGCAGCAGCAGCAGCUGCAGGAAGCCCUGUGAAUAGUUCAAGCGGAGACGUGUCUGUUGCCGAGCGGGCACGAACUCCUGCUGCUGCUGCUGCUGCUGGCCCUUCGACGGGAGCAGCAACAGCAGCAGCAACAGAAGCAGCAACAGCAAGCCUUUGUAGCGCACAGAGCCUCGGCUCCGUCAAAGAGAGCAGCGGCAGCAGCAGCAGCAGCGGCAGCAGCAACAGCAGCAGCAGCGGCAGCAGCAACAGCAGCAGCAGCAGCAGCAGCAGCAGCCCUUCGUAUAAAAAGGGCGGUAGCAGCAACAGCAGCAGCGGCAGCACCACCGUUGCUGCUGCGUGUACACCUGAGACCAUCACAAGCCCACUGGAUAGCCCUGCUGAUCGCACAGUAGACACCUCGCUCUGCAGCAGCAGCAGCAGCAGCAACACCAACAGCAGCAGCUGCUGCAGCUGGUGUGCCGCUCAUCCGCUGGAGUGUCUGUACAGUUUAGGCCCGGAGUUAUUCUUCACGCCUCGGAGGAGGCCCCCACAGCAGCAGCAGCAGAAGCAGCAGCAGCAGCAGCAUGCGGUACUGCUACAGCAGCGGCGGCAGCGGCUGCUGCUGCACCAGCAGCACCUGCAGCAGCCCCCGUUGCUGCAGCAGCAGCAGCACACGAAUAACUACUGGCAGCCGCGGCCCCCACCAGCCGUCAUUCCUCCUCUGCUCCCUCCCCUCCCCAGCAGCAGCAGCAGCAGCAGCAACAGCAGCAGCAGCAGCAGCAGCAGCAGCAGCAGUUUGCAGGAGGAGGUGUCUCCAGGGGAGUGGGUGCGUUGGGCUGUUGCCUGCGCAGACCUUCAUUACUUCUUACCUUCAGAUAUCCGCAGCAAGCGUCUGCUGCUGCUGCAUGCAGAGACACGAGAGAGGAUUGCUGCUAUCUCUUGGGCAGGGAUUCUGGUUGCUGCUGCUGCUGCUUCUCCUCCUGCUCCUGCUGCUGCUAAGCCAGCUCCUGCUGCUGCAGCAACAGCAGCAGGAAACACCCCUGUUGCAUCCCUCACCACUCAUUUGGCCCGGCCGCCGCUGCUGCUGCCGAAGCAGUUGCUGCUGCUGCAGCAGCAGCGCGCAGCAGCAGCAGCAGCAGCAGCAGCAGCACCGCCAAGGCUGCAACGGACUCCCGUAGAACUUAAAAAAGAAGCCCCUGCAGGUGCAGCAGCAGCAGCAGCAGCAGCAGCACCUGCAGCAGCAACGCCAGCCUACGGCAGCAGCCGCAGCAGCGUCAGUGGUGGCGGUCUGGGCUUGCAGCUAAGCUACUCACCUGCUGCUGCCGCUGCAGCAACAACAACAGCAGCAACAGCAGCAACAGCAGCAACAGCAGCAACAGCUGGCGCACUUGUUCGCAGAGUCGGCAGCAGCGCCAUCCGUAGCGGCAGGAAUAGCUGCAGAGAGACCAGCAGCCGCAGCAGCACCCGCGCGACCUGCAGCAACAGCAGCAGCAGCAGCAGCAACAGCAACAGCAACAGCUGCCGCAAGUUCAGCAACAGCAGCAGCAGCAACAGCAGCAGCUUGUGGGGCGAUCAACGAACGCUGAAGUCUCCUGUCGCAGGGACGGGGCAGGAGAAGUGGAUGCAGGCGAAGCGGCACCGCAUGCAGCAGCAGCAGCAGCAGCAGCAGCAAGAACUGCAGCAGCAAGAACAGAAACAGCAAGAAGAGAAGCAGCAACAGCUUAAGGGUCAGGAUGUGGAUAUGGGGGGAGUGUCGAUAGAUGAAUCGCCGCAGCAGGAGCAGCAGCAGCAGCAGCAGCAGCAGCAGCAGCAUUGCUCCCAAGAGCAGCAAAGCCAGCCGCAACAGCAGCAGAAGCAAUCGCUGCUGCAGCAGCAACAGCAGCUUGCUUGUGUAGCACCUGAUGUUUCUUGCAGCAGCACCAGCACCAGCAAACUUGAGAGCUUCAUAGACCGCAAGGAGCAAAGCCCUGCUGCUGCUGCAGCUGCAGCAGCAGCAGCAGCAGCAGCAACUGCAACAGAAGCAGGUGACACUCAUCGAUGCCUGCAGCGGCCUGCAGAAGGCCCCUUAUUUCAGCAGUCUCCCUCCCACAGCAGCGCAGCAGCAGCAGCAGCACCAGCUGGCCAUAAACGGGAUGAAGACGCAGCAGCAGCAGCAACAGCAGCAGCAGCAGCAGUACAGGAUGGUGAGGUUGUCGCAGCAAGAGGGAAAGAGAAAGCUUCCUUCAACCCUGCAGCAGCAGCUGCUGCUGCUGCAGCUCUUGGUGAGGUCUGCUUAGCAGCAGCAGCUUCAUCGCCAGCUGCAGCAACAACUGCAGCAGCGCCGCAGCAGAUGGGGAGAGGCGAGCAGCCUCAGCAGGCCGCACAUCAAUCAGCUACAGCAGCAACAACACCUAAAACUGCUGCUGCUGCUGCUGCUGCUGUUGCUGCUGUAGAGCAGCAGCAAGUUGAGGUUGAGAGUCUUCCCUCACAAACGGCAGCAGCAGCUGCUGCAGCAGACACAUCAGCAGCAGCACCAGAAGCACCAGCAGCAGCUGCGGAGGCAACAGCAGCAGCUGCAGCAGAAGCAGCAGCAGAGGCUGCAGCAGAAGCGCCAACAGAAGCAGCAGAGGCAGCAGCAGCAGAGGCACCAGCAGCAGCAGCAGAAGCACCAGAAGCGGCAGCGGAAGCCACAGUAGCUGCCGCAGCAGCAGCAGCAACUGCAGCAACAACUGCAGAAGCAGAUUCGGCAUCAGACCGAGCAGUGACAGCUGCAGCAGAAGCCCCACUGCCAAGAGCAGCAGCAGCAGCAGCAGGAAGUGCAGCAGAAGAGGCAGCAGCAACUGCAGCCCAACAGCCUGCCGCAGCAACCGCAACAGCAGCACCAACAACAGCAGCAGACUAUGAGGCGCCGGAUCAGCAGCUGAGUGCAACAGCAGCAGCAGCAGCAGCAGCAGCAGCAGACGGAGCAGUAACAGCUACAGAAGCUGCUGCAGCCCCAGUUGCCUCUCCACGUGUUUCCCCGCUCUCUGCUGCAGUAGAUAUCCGAGCAGCAGAAGCAGCAGUAGCAGAAGCUGCAGCAACAGCAGCAGCAGCAACUGCAGCAGCAGCAGAUCCCUCAUCCCCUGCUGCUGCACCUUCCGACUCCCGCCAGCCCACAGCCGCGCUGUGUGUUGCUGCACAAACCGCAGCUCCGCUACCUGCUGCUGUACCGACAGCAGAUGCAGCAGCAGCAGCAGCAGCAGGAACUGCAGCAGCAGCAACAGCAGCAGCAGAAGCAGCCCAUACGAGGGCCUCGGGCUUCUUCACCGCUGCUGCUCCCACGCCUUCUUCUCCACUGGUAGCAGCUGCUUCGCCGCCCGUAACAGGAGCAGCAGCAACUGCAGCAGCAGCAACUGCAGCAGCAGCAACUGCAGCACAGAGAGAAGCAGCACCGCCCGGCGUAGGGGAGGCUAGCCCACCCACAGCUUUUCUCUCCUCUGCUGCAGUUGCUGCAUAUGAGGCGAAGCUGCUGCAGUCCCCUGCAGAGCAGCAGCAGCUGCUGCUGCAGCUGCAGCAGCAGCCGCAGCAGCAGCAGCAACGUAGGUCGCUCACCCGGAGUUUCCCAUCAGCUCCGCUUACCAGCCGCUUGCUGCCGGAGCAUUUGCUGCAGCAGCAGCAGCAGCAGCAGCAACUGCAACAGCAGCAGCAGCAGCAGCAGCAGCAGCAGCAGCCAUGUCGAACUGUGCAUAUGGCGGGGGAAUUUGGGGAUGCAGCAGCUGCAGCAACAGCAACGGCAGCAGCAGCAGGCAGCAAAUUCCUUUGCAACGCCUACAGCAAGUGUGAGGGUAGCUGCAGCAGCAGCACCAACAGCAGCAGCAACGGCAGCAGCAGUAGUAGCAGCAGCCACUGCAGCAGCAGCAAACAGCAGUUGCGUUGGGCUUCCCUUGGCGUCCGCGAGUUGCGGCGGCUUGUGGGGGCCGACAGCAGCAGCAGCAGCAGCGACAGCAGCAGCAGCAGCAGCAGCAGUGACAGCGACAGCAGCAGCGAUGAAGAGAGCUCAGCAGCAAGAGGAAGCACCAGGAAGUCGUGGGCCGUGCGGCUGCAGCAAACGCGGCAGCUGCAGCAGCAACUGCAGCAGCAGCAGCAGCAGCAGCAGCAGCGUGGCGCCUGCAUUUCUCUUCCUGGGGAUUUCCCCCCCUUUUUUAUUGCUUUUAUUAAUGGUGUUUAUCAAAUCCGUUUGCUGCCGCAGCAGCAGCAGGAGCAGCAGCAGCAACAGCAGCAACAGCAGCAGCAGCAGCAGCAACAGGCCCCUGCGGUCCGUUGCUGGGGUUCGACUGCUACUGCUGCUGCUGCUGCUGCUGCUCGCAGCAGCACAGCUCAAUCCGAAGUGAAUUACGUGAUGACACACAAAGGCCCCAACAGCAGCAACAGCAGCAGGAACAACAGGAACAUCAGCAGCAGCAGCAGCAGCAGCAGCAGCAAGAUGGGUGCUGUGCUGGUGCAGCUACCUUCAUGGUCGCUGCAGCCAGGGCGUAGCGGGGACCGACUGUGGGGUGUGGGGUGCGUGCUUUGGGUUGUGCUGCGUUUUGCUGCUGCAGCAGCAGCAAGUCAGGGCUUUCGAUCGUCGAUGGAGGACAAAGAAAUAAUGAUAGAUAAUUUGCUGCUGAGUUCUUCAAUACCUGUCUCCUUUUACGGUGUAUACGAUGGGCACGGCGGAGGAGACUGUGCGGUGUAUGUGCAGCAGCAGCUACAUCUACAGCUGCAGCAAGCUGUGCUGCGCUGCUGCGGCAGCAUAGAGCUGUCUGCUGCGGUGUAUAGGGAUCUCUGUAAAUGUUUUUCUGAUGCUUUUCUGAAGACAGAUAAAUUAUUUUUAUCUGUCUCUCUACCUCAUCAGGUUAGCGGUAGUGCUGCUGUUACGAUAUUAAUUGUGGGGGGCCUGCUGCUGUGUGCUAACUGCGGAGACAGCCGAGCCUGUCUCUCUCGACGAGGUGCUGCUGUAGAUUUAUCUAGAGACCAUCGGCCUGAUAGAGUUGAUGAAGCUGCACGAAUUGCUGCAGCAGGGGGGCAUGUAAGACAAAGAAGAGUGCUUGGGAGGCUAGGAGUCUCUAGGUCGUUAGGAGACAGGCAUUAUAAGUACGGCUGGGCUGCUGCUGCUGCUUCUCACCAGCACCCCACACCGAGCAGCAGCAGCAGCAGCAGCAGCAGCAUCAGCAGCAGCAGCAGCAGCAGCAAGCAGCUCGUUAUUGCAGAGCCUGAAGUGCGCAGCGUCCUCCUACGACCUGAGGAUGAAUUCGUAUUGCUUGCAUGCGAUGGUCUCUUUGAUGUUAUGAGUAGCCAGGAGGCUGUCUCCUUUGUUCGCAGCAAGCUGAUGCUGCAGCAGCAGCAGCAGCAAGGCUGCUGCAGCAGCAGCGCGCUGCAGGAGGUCGCAGAAGCACUUGUAGCAGAAGCAAUUGAUGGGGCUUCUCAGCAGCAGCAACAGCAGCAGCAACAGCAACAGCAGCAGCAACAGCAACAGCAGCAGCAACAGCAACAGCAGCAGCAACAGCAGCAACAGCAGCAGCAGCAGCAACAGCAACAGAAGCAGCAGCAGUAA